UUUUGUGCCUGUGUCAUAAUAUACGGCACACCCCUUAAGAAUUGAGUGAUCGAGCUCCCUGGUUCCUCUUCUCUUCUGUUAUUUUAGUGACAAAAUCGAGAUUAUACCGCGAUGAACGAUCAAGUGGAGGAAGGCAAGGCGAAGGCGGCCGGAAUCGUUGGCAUUCUGAUUGGAGUAAUAGCGUUAAUCGAGCUGAUAUGUGGAUUUAUCUACCUCAGCAAAGGUGGCCCCGAAGGUUCUGGCCUGUGGUCUGGAGUUGGGCUGGCAGUUAUUGCUGCCUUGGGAAUCGUAACAUGGCUGAAGAGAAACAAAACAGCGCUGGUCUUCUACUUGGUGAUGUGCAUUCUGUGGUUUAUUGUCUGCAUUAUCCAAGUAAUUAUUGCCUUUAUCGCAUGGGCGAUCUGGCACAUUAUCAGGAAGGUGGUGGAGACGAACUGCGAUCAAAUUGGGGAUACUUGUGUAUGUCAUGACACAGAUAAUACCCCUAUUACAGUGCACAACUGCGAUGACAUCAGGACGAUUGAGAGCAUUUUCUUGUGCAUUCUGAUCAUGAGCGCCUUCGCCGCCAUUUUGACGCUCUCUGGCUCCAUCAUUGGCUGUAUGGGGACUUGCUGCGCUCGACCAGCUGUAAGUCACGCAAUUCUACUGUGACUGUGUCACGUUACUGCUCGAGAUUCUAUUAUCGACUCGCGCUUGCAUAUACCUCAUGAUUGCAAACUAUGAGAGGUCACGAAAGCCCAGUAACAACCACCUUGAUCAACCUGAUUAUACCCUGGUGACUGUCAUC